AUGCGUAGAGUAGAAAAUGCGAUUAUGCUCUUCUCUGCCAAAAAUCUUCACUUAUUUUAUCUUGUAUUACACGACCAAAUUUCCUUGGUGAAAAUAUCGACGAAUACCAAAUCCUCGAACCUUGAACAUCAGGAAUACGAAGGGGAACGAAACGAACAAGGCGAGAGACACGGUCAGGGUAAGGCACUGCUCCCAAACGGCGAUAUGUACGUCGGAUCUUACUGCAAAGGAUCGCGGCAUGGUAAAGGACUCUACGUUUUUCGCAACGGAGCGCGUUACGAGGGCGAAUGGCGCCGCGGCUUGAAGCAUGGUCACGGGACAUUUUGGUACCCGGACGGAACUAAGUACGAAGGAGAUUGGAAACGCGACACCAAGUACGGCUUCGGUGCGUAUUACUACGUGAACAAGGACGUCUACGAAGGAUCCUGGAAGAAGAAUCUGCGACACGGUAUGGGAACGUACUUGUUCGUGGCGACUGGUACGAAAUUUAACGGGACUUGGAUCAAGGACCGCAUGCAGGGUCCAGGGCAACUCAUUCAUCCUCGGCACCGCUUCCACGGAUUUUGGGAACUGAAUCAGCCCUACGGUCGAGGGUGCUUCACAUUCGAGAACAACUGCAUGCAGCAUGGACAUUACAUUCACAUCCGAGAUCCGGAUUACGACGAAUCUCGAGAAGAGGUCGACACGCCUGUUGCUGAAGACACUGUUGAGAGAAUGGUCGAGGAGGUACCUGAAACCACAGAGGAGGCAAUAGAGGAUGGAAAAGCGGUUACACAAUCCAAGCCACCACUAUUCGAAGAGCCAUUGCCCUUGAAAAAGGGCGUCAUACCCUUGUGGAGAGCCAGGUAUAUCACAGCGUAUAAUCCUGACCUGCUUCCAUUGGAACCAGCGCCUUUGCAAGAGGAGGCGUCUACGGAUUCGCUAACUGAUAAAUGCGACGAGGAUCUAUGGCUUGAAGAUAUUGAAUAUCUGAAACACGAAGAAGGAGAGGGUGAAUAUCACGGCGAGGAAAUCGAACGUGCAGAAUAUUUCGGGGACGAUGAUGCGACGAGUGCGGAUGCUGUGUCAAGUGAAGAUAAGUUUUAAUGACCACUCAUUACCAGUCGUGAGUGUUCAAAUUUUAAGGACAAGUUCGACAGAUAUUUGAUAAUGGCUAUUAUUACGAUUCGUCUACUGUGCAUAAUUAUUCGAAUUAGAAUUCACAUUUAUGACUUACGAUAAGACGUUUGCUACUAACUUGCAGUACAGAAAAUAGUGUUCGGUCAACCGGAAAUUGGGAAACUUUGAAUUUCUACCAUGUUUCUGUGUACGGAUUUUUUUAAAAACGUUUUUUCAACCAGAUAUUAGUUCCUUUCACUUUAUCUAGCGAUCGUUUCAGCGUUAAUUGCUUGAAGAGUUAGGAAGGUAUAUUCCUUG